CAGCUGACUGUGAGUGAGAUGGUGUGUUGAAGGACCUCUGAGGCGAAAACCUGCUAUUAUAUGUGCUAUGCAUGGGAAACUGCCACUAUUUGACUGAAUUACACCGCGUGGACCAAACACUGAAGCCGUUAAACACAUCGUGAUUUCCUUACAUCAGACACCCGGUGGACAAACUUCCUGCCAGCAGCCAUGACAGAAUUCUGGUUGAUCUCCGCUCCGGGGGAGAAGACAUGCCAGCAGACCUGGGACAAGAUGAUGGUCGCCACAUCACGCACCAACAAUCUCUCCACCAACAACAAGUUCAACAUCCCUGACCUCAAGGUCGGAACACUAGACGUCUUAGUGGGUCUGUCGGAUGAGCUGGCUAAACUGGACACUUUUGUGGAAAGUGUGGUGAAGAAGGUCGCUCAGUACAUGGCUGAUGUUCUGGAGGACAGUCGAGACAAAGUCCAAGAGAAUCUGCUGGCUAAUGGAGUUGACCUGGUCACCUAUAUCACCAGGUUUCAGUGGGACAUGGCUAAGUAUCCAAUCAAACAGUCUCUGAAAAACAUCUCUGAGAUUAUCUCCAAGCAAGCAACUCAGAUAGACAACGAUCUGAAGGCCAGAGCUUCAGCCUACAACAAUCUGAAGGGAAAUCUGCAGAAUCUGGAGAGGAAGAAUGCGGGGAGCUUGUUGACCAGGAGUCUGGCUGACAUAGUGAAGAAAGAGGACUUUGUACUGGACUCAGAGUACCUGAUUACCAUGCUGGUAGUCGUCCCAAAGGUAAGCUAUGCUGACUGGCAGAAGACGUAUGAAACGCUGGCAGAAAUGGUCGUACCACGCUCCACUAAGCUGCUGUUCGAAGACAACGACAGUGGCCUGUUCAGCGUCACUCUCUUCAGGAAGGCUGUAGACGACUUCAAGCACAAGGCCAGAGAAAACAAGUUUACAGUGCGUGAUUUCCAGUACAAUGAGGAGGAGAUGAGGGCAGACAAAGAAGAGAUGACACGUUUGUCCACUGACAAGAAGAAACAGUUUGGGCCUUUGGUACGAUGGCUGAAAGUAAAUUUCAGUGAAGCCUUCAUCGCGUGGAUUCACAUAAAAGCUCUGCGUGUGUUUGUGGAGUCGGUAUUGAGAUAUGGGCUGCCAGUCAACUUCCAGGCCAUGCUGCUUCAGCCCAACAAGAAGAACAUGAAGAAGCUGAGGGAGGUGCUGUACGACCUGUACAAACAUCUGGACAGCAGCGCUGCGAUCAUUGAUGCCUCCAUGGACAUCCCAGGUCUGAAUUUGAGCCAGCAGGAGUACUACCCCUAUGUUUACUACAAGAUCGACUGCAACCUGCUGGACUUCAAAGUCUAGAUACGUUGCCAUCAUCAUCGUCAUCAUGUGCAGUAGUGUUCUGAAAAGCUUUAAUUUAUCUCCACUACCUUUUCCUCUUUUCUCACUUUUUUUUUGUGUUCUCAUUCUCUUUGCCCCCUCUCAUGUUCCUGCCACAUUCCUGGGUGUAUAUAGAAUAAGUCAUUAGGAAUCACAGUGCUGAUUGCUGGUGGUGAGUAAGGUCAGAUGGAUAACAGGUAAACUGAUCUCCAAUCAUAAUUUCUCUUCUAAUGUACUUGAACAUGGGUCCUCUCCUCUCUUGUCACUUUCCCUUUGAACCAAACGGUAGAAGUGAACUGCUUCACAGUGUUCACCCACCAAAACUGUUGACAUUCCCUCAUGGCAUCAAAGGACGUGUAAAAUGCUGCAUUUUUACUGUUGUUUUUUUUUCCCCUCAUCCUUCUUAAUUUAAAGUAACAUGAACGGCACAGAUAUGGAGAAAAUGGAGAGAAAUAUAAAUGUAUGUUAUAUAUAGUAUUUAUUUAAGACUCUAAAAUCAGUGAAUGUGUUUUUUUUUUCCAGUUUUUGAAGGUGAUGUGUUUUUAGUUCCAUGUAAGGAAUGUCUGUUUACAAGUAGACGUAGACCAUUGUUUCCCUUACUCAAUAUAUAAUCCUGUGAAAUGCUGAAACUGGUCAUUUUACAGUAUAAAGAAGCAAUAUGUUUGCUGCUUGUAUGCUCCUUUGAUUUCUGUAUAUUAAACAUUUUAAAAAUAAUUAUGAUAGGUCUAUGUGCAAAUACUGUAUUGUCAGUAAAACUGAAAAUUGAACUACAUAUUUAAAAUAAAUGUGAAAAUAAAU